AACCACUCUUCAGGAUGAAGACCUUUAAAUUAAAUUUAAUCUUUUUGAUCAGUUUUGCAUCUUUGUUUUGCAUUACUCCAGUUAUAUCGAACGUGUUACUUAGCCAAGAAAAUAUCUUAUCUGAGAAUACAAAUUCAAAGGAACAUCCCAGCAGUGAAAUAAGAGCGGAUGGAAAAGUUUCACAAUUAGAUCGGUUUUAUCGUGUUUAUGAAGAUGGAACCAUAGAAUUCAAAUUUGUUUUAGAUAAUGGUGUAGCUCAGUAUCAGAAAAUAACAAACAAAGAAGUUAAUGGUAAAACAAUUCAAGUUUACGAAGGAUAUCAUUCGGAACCACUUCCUGACAAAACAUACCGAACAACUUAUUACAUUGCAGAUGAAAAUGGUUAUCGUCGUACAAGAAGAGAGUUUGAUACUAAACCACCAGUGCUGCCGCCAUACGUACCCUACGUACCAAAACUGAAACUUGGAAAUUAAUCAAGUAAAUUUGCUUACGA